AUGAUCCUCCCAACAGCUAUCCCCCCUCUGCAGCGCCCCAUGGGUACAGAGCCUCACCUGCAGGGCUCCGCCCAGGCCAACAGGCAGACGGUAGAAGACUGCUUUUUCUAUAUUCCGAGUGUAGGCGGCAACGCCGUACUACUUACUGUAUUUGCCCUGCUCGCCCUCGUUGCACUAUACUUUGGGGUUCGAUCCAAGACCUACCUAUUCUCUCUCGCACUCACAGCCGGGCUCUUCCUCGAAGUGUUGGGAUUCAUCGGCCGAAUCCUGCUGCAUUCGAAGCAGGAUGACCAGGGACACUUCUUUCUCGUUUUGUUUGGUACGGUUCUGGGCCCGUCCCUGAUGAGUGUUGCCAUCUUCAUCGUCCUUCCGCACAUCCUCAGCAUCUAUGGAAAACCGAUCUGCCCAUUCAGACCUCUAGUAGCUGGCCUGAUUUUCUGGGGACUCGCAGCAGUCACCAUUAUAUUCGAGCUUGUCGGUAUCAUCUUUACAGCCUACGAGACGAAUGGUUUCAGUCGAAAGCAAGGAGCAGCGAUUGCUGCCACAGGUUUAGCGAUACAGGCUUUAUCAUUGAUAGCAUGCACCGGCCUGCACUUUUGGUUCACACUCAGCUUGAGUACCCGGCGAGGCACUCUCGAUGCCCGACAUUCGCAGGUGUACUCGUCCUCGCAGUUCAAGAAAUUCCUUAUGGCAAUGGAGAUGGCAUCUGCUCUCUUGAUCGUUUAUUCCUUCUACCGGCUUGUCGAGUUCGCAGAUGGCGUUUCAGGAGACGUAUUUCAAAACCAAGCUGCGUUUAUGGUUAUAGGAGGAGUGUUGCCUUUCUUGGCCGCGGCCCUUUUGACCAUCAUCCAUCCCGGAAACGCAUUUGCUGAAGCGUGGGGCCCAACGUCCCCAAAGGGUCUCAAACGCCAGAAUCGACCUGAUCCUGUGCAAUCUCCCACUCCUAGUGGCCACCCCGUUCACCACAUGUACGAUCCUGAUAUUCGCAAGCAAGUCUCGCCGACCACUCCAAAGCACCAGCGGAACUCGGGGCCGCCUGAGCUGCCCGAAGGCUCUAUGGGUCUCCCUGCGCGUCCCAAGCCUGCACCUAAACCACCAAGUCCUCGAGAGCCUCGAGAGCCAGGGGCUCCUCGUAAGGGACCACCCUUACCAUUGAACCUUUCGGCUAUUCGAGCAUCGAGGAAUAGUUACCGGGCAGAACAGAGGGGUCAAGCACCUAAGGACAUGGUACCCGAUGAAGAACUGUGGUAA